AAUAGUUGCGUGACGCGCCGCGCCGCCUCCGAUUCCCCACCCGCCGUCGUGUUGCCUUCGUCCCGACCGCAUCCCCAUACCAGAAUCGCCUCAUCGUUCUCCUUCGCCGCUGCGCUGCUCCAGUGGGGCAAUGCUCGCAUCCCCAAGCCCACGGACGAUGACGGCGUCGGCCUGCACCCCGGAAACUGCCCACGGGGCGCACUUGUUCAAGAUCAACCGGUACAGCCUGUACAGGGACUUGGGCGUCGGCAGGUUGAUCGAGUCCUCGACCUUCGCCGUCGGCGGCUACCACUGGUGCGUCCACUUCUACCCCGACGGUCACUCGGGGGUAACCAAAGACCAUGUUUCAGUUUUCGUGGAGCUCAAAACCAAGAACGCCAAGGCCAGGGCGGUCUUCGAUCUGAGGCUAGUCGACCGUCGCACACAGCCUUAUGCAUGGCCAAACCCUAGCGAGAUAGACCCCUCGGAGUUUGACUCAUGUGAUGAUAACUCGGCCUGCUGUGGUUUCCUCGAUUUCGUUGAGAAAAUCGAGCUCAAAGAUUACAUCCUGGAUGACGUGCUUGUCAUUGAGUGCAAUAUUGCUGUUAUCAAAUUUAAGAAGGCAGAUGUGCAGACCACCAAGACGAAAUUCGAGGUCCAAGUUCCACGGUCCAACUUGCUGGACAAUCUUGGUAAAUUGCUUGAAACACAAGAGGGGGCCGAUGUGUCUUUCAAGGUCGACGGGGAGGUUUUCCCAGCUCAUAAGAACAUCCUUGCUAUGCAGUGCCCAGUCUUCAAGGCAGAGUUCUACGGGCCGAUGAAGAACAAGUCUAAGCAUAAUGUAAACAUUAUUGAAGAUAUGCAGCCUGCUGUUUUCAAGGCAUUGCUCCACUUCAUCUACAUGGAUUCAUUGGCCCCAAUGGAUGACCUCAGUGAUGACGAGUAUGAAGAGAUGCUCAAACAUCUACUUGUUGCUGCAGAUAGGUACGCCAUUGACAGGAUGAAGCUCAUGUGCGAAAGCAAGCUUUGUGAUAGACUUUGCGCCAAGAACGUGGCGACCACGUUGGCUCUAGCCGACCAGUAUCAUUGUAGCCAGCUCAAAGAUGGCUGCAUCGAAUUUAUCAACUCUUCUAAUAGAAUGAGUGAUGUGGUGGCAAGCAAAGGGUAUGAGCACCUCAAAAGGACAUGCCCUACUAUUGUUGUUGAUAUAUGGGAGAAAGCAGCUAAGACUCGCAAAAUUUAGUAGUCGGACCGUGGAUUAAUUUGAGCAGAUAUAGUCACUUCACCUGAGACCGCAGCAACCAGCUGAGAUAAGUUUAUCUUUAUCUAUUGUUGAUAAUUUGUAAGUUCUCCGAGAUCCUAUUGUGAAAUGUGGUGAAACUUUAGCAAAUUGCAGUAUAUGUCAAGUUAUUCUGAAAAAUGA